AAUAUCCCGGCUCCCUGGGCGCGUCCUGGCGUACUUCGUGUGGCGAGCCGUGGAACGCGUAGGUAACGUGGUCUGGCGGUUCGUGGAGAGGCCGAGCACGCGGCCCGGGCCCAGGCGUCCUUCUCUGGCUGUAGAGUUGGGCUUUUUGCAGUGGCCUAGGAGCUCAGGGCAAGCCAAGAGUCGCUCUUCCCCUGCCUCACUAUGUUGGUGUUGUUUGAAACGUCCGUUGGCUACGCCAUCUUUAAGGUUCUAAAUGAGAAAAAACUUCAAGAAGUUGAUAGUUUGUGGAAAGAAUUUGAAACCCCAGAGAAAGCAAAUAAAAUAGUAAAACUAAAACAUUUUGAGAAAUUUCAGGAUACAGCAGAAGCAUUAGCAGCAUUCACAGCUCUGAUGGAGGGCAAAAUCAAUAAGCAACUGAAGAAAGUUCUGAAGAAAAUAGUAAAGGAAGCCCACGAACCUCUGGCUGUAGCUGAUGCUAAACUGGGAGGGGUCAUCAAGGAGAAGUUGAAUCUCAGUUGCAUCCAUAGUCCUGUUGUAAAUGAACUUAUGAGAGGCAUCCGAUCGCAAAUGGAUGGCUUGAUUCCUGGGGUAGAACCACGAGAAAUGGCAGCCAUGUGUCUUGGAUUAGCCCACAGCCUGUCUCGAUAUAGAUUGAAAUUCAGCGCUGAUAAAGUGGACACAAUGAUUGUUCAGGCAAUUUCCUUGUUGGAUGACUUGGAUAAAGAACUGAACAACUACAUUAUGCGAUGUAGAGAAUGGUAUGGCUGGCACUUUCCUGAAUUAGGAAAAAUUAUUUCGGAUAAUUUGACAUACUGUAAAUGUUUACAGAAAGUUGGCGAUAGGAAGAACUAUGCCUCUGCCACGCUUUCUGAGUUGCUGCCAGAGGAAGUAGAAGCAGAAGUAAAGGCAGCCGCAGAGAUAUCUAUGGGAACAGAGGUUUCUGAAGAGGAUAUUUGCAACAUUCUCCAUCUCUGUACCCAGGUGAUUGAAAUCUCUGAGUAUAGAACUCAGCUGUAUGAAUAUCUGCAAAAUCGAAUGAUGGCCAUUGCACCUAACGUUACAGUCAUGGUUGGGGAAUUAGUUGGAGCACGACUCAUUGCUCAUGCAGGUUCUCUUUUGAAUUUGGCCAAGCAUGCAGCUUCUACAGUUCAGAUUCUUGGAGCAGAAAAAGCGCUUUUCAGGGCCCUCAAAUCUAGACGGGAUACCCCUAAAUAUGGUCUCAUUUAUCAUGCUUCACUUGUAGGCCAGACAAGUCCCAAACACAAAGGAAAGAUUUCCCGAAUGCUAGCAGCCAAAACCGUUUUGGCUAUUCGUUAUGAUGCUUUUGGCGAGGAUUCCAGUUCUGCAAUGGGAGUUGAGAACAGAGCCAAAUUAGAGGCCAGAUUGAGAACCUUGGAGGACAGAGGGAUAAGAAAAAUAAGUGGGACAGGAAAGGCAUUAGCAAAAGCAGAAAAGUAUGAACACAAAAGUGAAGUGAAGACUUACGAUCCCUCUGGUGAUUCCACACUUCCCACAUGUUCUAAAAAACGCAAAAUAGAAGAGGUAGAUAAAGAUGAUGAAAUUACUGAAAAGAAAGCCAAAAAAGCCAAGAUUAAAAUUAAAGCUGAAGUAGAGGAGGAAGAAGUGGAGGAGGAAGUAGAAGAAAAGACUGUAUUAGAAGAGGAGACAUCUGUAAAGAAGAAAAAGAAAAAGGAUAAAAAGAAACACAUUAAGGAAGAACCACUUUCUGAGGAAGAGCCAUGCACCAGCACAGCAAUUCCUAGUCCAGAGAAAAAGAAGAAAAAGAAAAAAAAGAAAGACAUUGAGGACUAAUGGAGGGAACUGUAAUUUUGUCAUCUGGACAUACCAUGCUUAAGAUCCAGUUGGGAGUUUAUCAGAAAUGCUCUCUAAAAUAAUCAAGGGAGACUGAAUCCAACAGUGAUUAUCAGCGAUAGCUUUUCAAGUAUUUUUUUUUUGUGUUUUGACAUCAACUGUUAACCUUAGUCUUUGAUACACAAAUAAAAAUGUAUUUUAAGGCAA